UAGCUUUUUAGACGAUCGAGAAUAGAGCCAUGACAGAUUUCGCAUCACAAUCGAACAGCGAAGCCAGGAUCUCGGGCUUGGAACCGACACAUGAUAAUAUGGAGUUGGAUGAAGGCGACGAUGAAUUAGUGGCGGAAUUGCCCGUGUAUUUGAGCACGACCUUAGCUGACCAUUUAUACUUGUUCCAAUACCCACUGCGCAAUGUUCCCUUUUUGAAGAAUGGCCCGACUGCAGCGCGCAUGAAACCCAAUGCCAAAAUGGUAGAACUCGAUCUACCGCUGAACACGCGAUCCUCUCACUACAGUACCGAAAGAGGUGAAGAUUUUGCCAUGGGUAUGAACGACAAGGCGAUCAAGACCGCCUACGAUCGUCGAAUGGAGGAACAUGAAGAAGAAAAAAUGGGCCGGUUUGCGCACAAGAACAAAGAAGAAGAAUUACUCGAUAAAAUUACCAUGACUUCCACGAAUAUUCCUGUACAGACCAAUUAUUUGGUCGGUGUGAUCCACGAAAAUGAAGUGCACUUGACGCCGCUGAAUACCAUGAUCCAAAUGCGGCCGGGUCUCACUUAUAUUGACAAGAUUGAUCAGAAAUAUAAAGAUGCGAAUAAGCGUAUUCAGGAUGUGGAGAAACAAGAAGAAGAAGCGAAAACCGGUCCUUCUCAGUCCAAAGCGCAAGCUGUACAGCUUUCUGCCAAAAACUCAGGCAAUGAAGGAACCGCUCGGCGGAAUUUGUAUUCAAUGGCAGUGCGUAACGCGGAUGAAGAAGCAUGGCAAGCCAUGGCAUACUAUGAUGAACACACAAUCCAAGCGGAAUCGGUUUUCCCCAAUCUGUAUUCCAAGAGCAGAGAGGCAUUAUCAAGUAACAUGACGCAUAUGGAUUAUUUGGAUCGUUUGAGUGGAAUCAAAAAGGAACCAUCAGAGUAAUGCGACGAGUAUCACAGAGAAGAAUAAUAAUAAAAAAAGAAACCACCUGUAAGUUGCAAAAAAAGCGUUCCAACCUUGUUUUGUGUGACACUCCUGAAUUCAGAGAGAAUAAGGGGAGAAUGAAAAAAGCUACAAACAGAGAACCCGCGACGAUGAGAUUGUGCAACUUGCCAAUUCCUAAUUUGCGGACAGUCAAUCUACC